UCGGGGUUUAGGCACAGCACAUGCUUGGGCAAAGGAUUCUGCGCUCCAACUGAUACCUUGUCUCAUGUCGUGACGGCGGCUCUCUGAACAUUGGCAAUUAUCAGCUUCUCAUAUGUGAUGAGACAAUGGUAUACUCAGGCUAUACCAAGAUCUCUGGGUCAACCGAUUCAAGGGACUCCGAUUCGCUGGCGCCACAGGAGCCUUUGCCCUUGCGUCAGAGACACCAUUCUGCUCCGAGCCUCUUUCGAAGAAGGCGCAAAUCGAGUUCGUCUGCAGUCGAUGCCGCUGACAACUGCAAAGGGAGCCUUGGCUUGGUCACCCUGUAUGAGCCAUCAGAAGCUCGCGUCGACUUCGUAUUUGUCCAUGGGCUCCAUGGCGGCUCGAGGAAAACGUGGAGCCUUCAUCCGGAAGACCCGGCGACCUUCUGGCCGGAGCAAUGGCUCCCAGCCGAGCUAGGUUUCAAGAAUGUCCGGAUUCACAGUUUCGGUUACGAUUCCGACUGGUCCAAAACCUCCCAUAGUACACUGAGAAUCAGGGACUUUGCACAAGCAUUGGUGGCUAGUAUAUACAACUCUUCUAUAUUGAAGAGAACCAAAGACGUGCCACUGGUUUUAGUUGCCCACAGCAUGGGUGGCCUCGUUGUCAAGCAGGCAUACAUACUUGCCAGAAACGAUCCUGUUUAUCAUGAUGUCGCAUCUCGGAUACAUAGUCUUUACUUCUUGGCCACACCCCAUCGAGGGUCCAACUCCGCCGCGUACCUCAAAGCAUUUCUUUCUGUUUCGCUCCCCACCGGACCCAAGGCAUAUGCCAAGGAACUACUCCCUGACUCCCAAACUGUCGCAGACAUCAAUGAAGACUUCAGACACGUGUGCGGAGAUGUCCAACUAUGGUCAUUCUUCGAAGGCUCCCCUACCGCAGGCUUCAUGAUUGUUGAGAAAGCCUCUGCCGUGAUGAACCUUCCUGGGGAGCACACACAAUACUUGUCUGCAGACCAUCGUCACGUUUGUAAAUUUCGUGACAUGAACGAUCCAAACUAUAUUACUCUAAGAGACUGUUUCAAGACAACAAUUGAAGAGAUCAAUGCUCAGUACACCACGCGUCAAGCCCAACUAAUGAAGACCAUUGCGGACUUUCUCGAUGUCAGCCAUCAGCCAAGUAGAGACCUUCUCUCUGUGUCAGAAAAGCUGCAUCAUGGGACGUGCGAAUGGAUCACUCAGCAUAAGGACUUCCACCGGUGGCUCGACGUUGCCGAUUGUUCGUCUUGGGGCACCUCAGAGCAUAGACCGUACGCCACACAACCCCGGAUACUUUGGUUGUCCGGACCUCCAGGAUCUGGGAAGUCAGUGACCACAUCGCAUGUUAUCAGAUACUUGAACUCGUUCAACAUGGACUGUUGCUAUUUCUUCUUCAAAAACGACACCAAAUUGGGAAUCGCGGCUCUACUACUCAACCUUGCAUAUCAAAUGGCCAGUUUCAGUUUCGAAAUACGCCAGGUCUUUCUGUCAAUGAUUAGCAGUGGUGAGACGGUCAAUACCCAAGAUCACACACUCAUAUGGAACAAUCUCUUCCAAGGCAGACUAUUUCAAGUAGAAUUCGCGCAGCCAUGCUACUGGGUGAUUGAUGGGCUCGACGAGUGCCCCAAGAAGUCUUUAAUCUCUUUGAUACAGGUUCUUUCCAGGUUGGAGGCCCGAGUCCCCGUACGUAUUUUCAUCACCAGUCGGCCAGACUCCCCGGAUGCUCCCGUGGGGCAACUUCUCAAUGCGGAAAAUGUGGAAAGGGUUGAGUUUCGCACAGGACAAGAAGACUCCCUCCGUGACAUCGCGGCAUAUGUCAGAUCGCAACCCCGACUCUCCAGGAUACUCGACAAUGAGGAGAAUGACCAUAUCGUGUCUGAUAUUCUUGCAAAGUCUCAAGGGAACUUUCUUUGGGCAUCUCUGAUUAUCGGGCGUCUGGAUGAGCUUUACAGUUCCGAGGACAUCAAAGCCGCUCUUCGCCAGGUCCCUUCAGAGAUGAACGGAUUCUACGAUAGAAUUCUGGACAGUAUCUCGACUGCUUCAAAUUCUGAGAAAGCGAAAUGCAUUUUAAAAUGGGUAGUGUGCGCUCCAGAGCCUAUGUCCGCAGAGGAGUUAACAGAAGCUGUGCAUCUCGACAUCGGUCACACGCUUCUCACAGCCACAACUGGAGACAUCUUCUCUGAGAUAUGCGGCAGUCUUGUUACUGUCGACAGUGCAAAUCGAGUUCAGCUUAUGCACCAGACUGUGAGAGAGUACCUUAUCUCCUCGGAAUCGAACUUUUACGUCAACUAUCGUCUGGCUCACGAGCAGCUUGGCAACAUAUGUCUCUCAUUGAUGAAUGGGCGCAAUGGCCUUCGCCGGACAUCGCGAAGAACCAAAUCGGCACCCGGGAAGUCAGGUCAUUCCUUGCUUUUGAACUACUCCUGUCUACAUUUCUCAUAUCACCUGCUACAUUCGCACUCGACCUCGGCAACCACUUUCGCCUCUUUGGCAGAGUUCAUUGACGCUAAAACGCUCAUCUGGAUCGAACAUAUCGCCAGAAGUCAAAAGCUCAAGCCUUUCCUGAAGACAAUUGGGAACGUCAAGCCGUAUCUGGCCCGUCAACUUGAAAGAAGUCCCCCAUUCAGCAAGAGUUACCAGAAGGUCGAGUCUUGGAUCAAUGAUUUGACACACAUUGUCAGCAUCUUCGGCCAGACACUUUUGGACUCUCCCGAGUCCAUCUAUGCCUUCAUCCCACCAUUGUGCCCGUCAUCAACACUAGUCAAUCGGAACUUUGCGCAGAAUUGUUCACAGAAGAUUAUUACCGACUCGCACAAGGACUGGGAAGAACGCUUGGCCUCUAUGAAUUUUCAGUCUUACUCAAAGAGCAUUGCAGUCACCGACAACCACAUUGCUACUGGUCAUUCCGAUGGAAUGGUUCGGAUUUUCAGUGCUUCGACAUUCGAGGAAGUCGCACUCCUAAAACACGGGUCUCCAGUACGUCAGCUCGCCUUUGGCAAUGUUUCCAAUGUGCUCGCUUCUUGCAGCCCGAAAGCGGUCUCGCUAUGGAGUACAAAGCAGGAUCUCGUUUGGAAAGUCGCAGUGCCCGGCAUCGCUUCAUCGGUUUGCUUUAACGCAGAUGACACAAAACUCUUGGUCACUAUUAAAAAUGACGUGAAGCAAGCCAUGCUCGCUUUUGCUUCUGCCGAUGGCACUCAGCUUGACCCCAUCACCAUUCCUGGGGACAGCUCCAGUUCAGACUCUGAGUCCGAGCAGUUGAGCCAGACCACAAAGAAAUUCUGCCCAGAGGUGGCUUGUGUCUCCUUUGCUCUUGGUAUAACCGCAGUGACCUGGAGAAGUUCACAUUUGACGAUCUUUCUCAUGGAUUCUGAAGGCAACCUCGACAGGUUUUGCAGGCUUGAGAAAGAAGGCUAUGAAGACGCAGCACGACCUCCUCAGAUAAACUGUGUCGAACUCAAUCCUGCGCUUGAGUCUGAUCUGGUGGCUGUUGCGUACCAAGAUGGCGAGAUCGCUGUAUUCGAAAUGGACGAGUGGAACCCGAAGCAGACAAACUCUUACAACAUUCAUACAAGGACCAUGGCGAGCUCACCAGAUGGCAGAACCCUUGCUGCUGGCGACAACGAUGGAGGAAUAUAUCUCUUCGUGUUUGAGACUCUUCACCUAUUGCAUAGGAUCGAAUCAUUGGACGAGACUGUCUCGAGGAUUGUGUUUUCAUCAAGUAGUCUCCGGCUAUAUGAUAUCCGAGGACGCUCUUGCAAUGUUUGGGAGCCCCCGGUCCUCGUCCGGAAAAGCUCGAUGGAUGACAAUUCCAGCGAUCCAGAAGAGCAGAACAUGCCAGUGGUUGAAGGCCCUCGUGAUCAUUUCUCUCGCUCAUUAUUUAACACAAAGACCAUCACCGUCGUUGCACCAGCUCAUGAUGGCAAAUACUUCUUUUGUGGUAGAGAGGAUGGGUCGACCACAGUUCAUGAAAGCCGCAAUGGUGAUGUGGUUCUUGAGCUGAAGCUCCACUCAGUCCAGAUUCGGCUCUUGCACUUUGAAACUCAGUCAGGCAUGCUUCUAAGUGUCGACAUAUCACGGCGAUGCAUCCUCACGCGCCUAGAAAAGCCAUCUAUGAGCAACCCAAGAUGGUCGCAAGGAGUUCAAGUCUUGGACCACAGAGCGCCGGCCUUAGUCAUUCAGGCAAUCAUAAAACCAGGUGGUUCGGCGUUCGUGCUCUCUAACCAAACUGGAGAGGAAGUUUGGAAUGGAGCUGAGAUUUCGCAGAGCAAAUUCUCUACUGAAAACUCUCGGUGGAUGUGUCAUCCCACCGACGCCAAUCUACUGCUUCUUGUCGAUGGCAACGAAGUGCGCAUAUACCAAUGGGAGAAAAUGCAAGAAGUCACCAAUGGCCGCGUUCUAGCAAUGGAAUGCCCGGAGAACUUCGAUUGGCAAACGGCUGGUAAUGACUGGGUGUCUCAUUCAGGAUUCAGUAUGCUUUGUCAAGCUUUGGCACUUCAAAAGAGUACGGGAACAGCUUUCCUGAUGAUGGACCUAUAUCAAGCAAACACCCAGUCUUCUACGGUUGCUGUGUCUUGUACUCUCAGGAACAUGACUGCUAGUGUGAAGUCAAUACUUGCGGUAACCAAGUCCACCGUCAUAUUCUUGGAUCGCGGGGGGUGGAUUUGCUCGUUGAGCAUCAAGGACAUCUCAGGGGCCAAGCAUUACACUCGUCAUUUCUUCUUGCCGACGUUUUGGCGCACAAGAGGAGAAUUUCUGAUGGAGGUAGUGGGGAAGAACACCAUUGUGAUCGCACACAAGGAUGAUGCUGUGAUCGUUCAUGGAUUCCUGGAUUUCACUCAUAAGAUGGACUUCCUGGCCUUCCCUGACGAUGAUGACGAACCCCUUGUUCUGAGGCGGCGGGUAACGAAUCUGUAACCUCUUCAAAGGGUAGACUUUCAA